AUGAGAUCUUCAGACCCAUUAUUGAAUGAUAGAGGUAACAGAAGUCAAUAUGGCGCUAUCGCUAUAGAGGGCACCACUUCCUAUCCUACGACGGUAAGAAACGCGGGAAGUACUGCGAGGGAUCACUUUGCUCUCGAAAGGAAUUUCUUGUCCUGGCUACGCACGUGCCUGACUUUAACGGUGGUUGGCUUUUCUACUUUCUUUCAUUUCCAUACAUUCCUUAAUAAUGAUGAAAAAGAUCUAGAAAUUGAGUGUACAAUAAGCGUAAUGUUGAUAUACGUUGGAAUAUUAGUCCUCAUAUGUGCAACUAUAAGUUACUUUCGAUUGCAUUCCAAGUUAAUCAACAGAUGUGUGAAAGUCGAAAAUGGAAAAUUGGAAUUUUGCAACGCUUUCACGGUUGGCGUGACAAUGACCAUGGUGAUAUUAGCAUGUUUUUUCUGUAGUGAACUUAAAGAAGAAGCGG